GGCGGCGACGCUGAGACCAAGACCAAGACCAAAGUGAGGGAGCCAGAGACAGCCCGGCGGGAGACUCUUAGACAGCCACAUUUUGCACCCUUUGCCACCACUUCCCAAGAUGACGAGCGUGGAAAGACUCUACACGCUAUACAACACCAUAGACGACGCCAAGGACAAGGCAGGAGAGCAUGAGGCGGAGUUCCUGGAGAUCCUGAGUGGAGUGAAGGGUGGCCCCGGGGAGAGGCGCCUCACGUCCCAGUUCAUCGCUCGCUUCUUCCGUCACUUCCCCAGCCUCCAAGAGCAGGCCCUCAAUGCCCUCUUUGACCUCUGUGAAGAUGCGGAUAUAGCUAUUAGGAAGCAAGCCAUCAAGGAUCUGCCAACACUAUGCAAAAGCAAGACGGACCUUGUACCCAAGGUGGCCGACAUCCUGGCACAACUACAGCAGGUGGAGGACCCGGUGGAGCUCUCUACAGUACAAGGCUCCCUGGUCACCCUCCUCAAGACUGCCCCCAAAGGAACGCUGACAGGGCUGUUCUAUCAGAUGCAGCACAGCGAGGAUGACCUGGUGCGGGAACGAUGCAUCCGGUUUGUGCAUACCAAGUUGCGCUCCCUUGGCACCCAGGUGUUCACGCCACAGGUGGAGACACUCAUCCUCUCUGAGGCCAAGAAGGUUUUGCAGGCUGCGUCUUCAGAGGACGAGUUUACCCUCAUGAUGGGAAUCCUGCGUGAGCUGAAGACGUGCCAGUCAGUGAAGGGCUACCAGCAGCUGGUGGACCUGGUGAUGGAACAGGUGGACUUGACCCGCUCUCUGGACCCUGCUGACCUGGAGGGGGUUCAUCGCCUCAUCUCGUGCACCAAGCAAGCACUCCCUUAUUUCUCAUCUCAGGUACGGUCAACAGUGUUUGUGGAGUACAUGUGGAAGGAGGUGUUGCCGGUGCUGGACCAGAUAGAGAGCACCUUGGCGGGGAGUGGCACACAGGGAGCAAACAUUCUCGACCUGCUCAAGAUCAUCGCUGAGCUGACCCCGCACGCCGGCAACCUGGAGGAUGUCCCGGGGAAGGUGCUGGUGGUGUAUGAAAGGCUGCUGGAAGUGAUGCCACCGCCGCCUGAGGGAGAUGCCGCCACUGAGGCGCUGGAGGGCGGGGUCAGCCUGGAGUUCUCAAGAGUGGAGUGCUUGCUCUUCACCUUCCACCAGCUUGCCAAACACCAGCCAGAGUUCCUCACAGCAGAUCCAGACAGACUCAAGGACUUCAGAGUCAGGCUGCAGUACUUUGCUCGUGUUUGCCAAGCAUACCAGAAGAGGCUGAGGGAAGCCCUUGCUAACAAGAAAGGAGAUGAACUGAAGACUGAAGAGAACAAGAUCAAACUCAUCGCUCUCAAGACCACCGCCAACAUUAAUGCACUCAUCAGAGAUCUCUUCCACCAGCCGCCUUCAUAUAAGGCCACCAUCUCGCUGUCGUGGAAGCCGGCCUCCUCAGGGACUAAGUCUGUAGCCAAUGGGACGGAGAAGCGCCACACACCCAUCACCUUUGACGCGAGCCCAGCCAAGAGCCAAAAAGUUGAGCGCCCCAUCUAUGCGCCACCGAGGGACAAGUACAGUCAGCGUGCCGGACAAUACUCUGGAGGAAACUUCCGUGGUCGUGGCCGAGGCCGAGGAAGAGGCUUUGGCGGCUACAUCCCAGGGCGAGGCUCACCCUACAGGGGGGGCUUCAGGGGCCGUAGAGGGGGCUUCCGGGGAUACUGAGAAAUCUGGUUUAGCUGGAAGGACCCUCUGUGAGCCAAACCCACUCUGCCUUGCUUACCCAGUACACAUGCAGUGGAGGGGGGCAGUACGUAGACGUGUGAAGUGAGUGAGAGGGAACCAGUGUUAAUAUGCACUCAAAAGUGUUUGCUGCAGUCCAUGAUUGUGUUUUGGCAGCCAGCAAGUCUGAGUCUUGCAAGUGUUCCAGUCACUUCCAGGAAGAUCACAGAAUUAUUGACCUUUUUUAAUUUGACUUGUAAGAAGGAAGUGCUGCCAUUCACAUAACAUUCUUUAUAAGAAAAAUCUUUAUAUUUUUACGGAAAACGAAAGUUGGAAAAUGCUCCGCACUGGAUGAAAAUCCGUAACUGUUUUGGAGUCCAACCUUCCUUGGACGACUGGUCUCCAUCAAACAUGUACAAAGAUUAAAACAAAAAAGGAAACAUUUGUUGUUGUAAUGUAUUUUGCCAGUGAUUUACAUCAAAGGGACCAUAUUCUUGAAGAUUAAUACUGACUAGUAUUAAUAUGAAUUACCAAUUGUACUGCAUUGCUAAUAUUAACAUAUAAUUUGGUAAAUUGUUAGGUUGGUGGCCUUCAGUAAUUUUGUGUUCUUGCAGAAUUUUCACGUAGAAAAGACCAACACUAAUGAUACUGUUACAAGUUGUUCUUGUUUGUCAAACACUGAACUGUAGCUCUAGAGCUCAAGCUUUUAAAUUUUUUUGUACUUAUAUGAUGCCAUCAUUUUAAUUUCUUACAUCUAGUGAUUAUGUAUUCUGUGACUCAAGCUUUAACUCUAAGUAGAGAAGUAAUGAUGCAAGAAGACCCACACUCAUAAUAGUGAUUAUGUAUUCUGUGACUCAAGCUUUAACUCUAAGUAGAGAAGUAAUGAUGCAAGAAGACCCAUGCUCGUAACAUUAAAAGACUGCCCAGAACACUGCAAAAGAAAGACAGUUAUGUCAGACGCCUGCAAGUCAAUGAGGACUACAUUAUCCCCUCCCAUCCUCCUCUUCUUCCUACUCCUCCACAAACUCCCUCAAGGCAAGAAGGCUUACUCCCAAGGCAAGAGCUUACCACCAACACCGCCCAAGACAGCAAGGUACUGCCGCCACCACCACCACCACUUCCCCACACCAAGUUAGACAACUAUCCCUCAAACCUCAGUGCAAAAUCACACCCAGCACAUGAAAAACACUCACUGUUUUUUGUAUUUUUUACAGGUGUUGUAAUGAAUAAGUUGGAGGAAGGCAUGCCGAGUUGAGCAUUAGCAUCAUCAAACUCUUAAUACUUCACUUCUUGAUAUUUCAGGAUGGCUGAAUUAGAUGAUGUGGAGAGCUGUGUUGUAAGAAAAGAAUCUAUUAUGGUGUGCUUUCAAAUGUUGGCUGCAGUGGGUCCAACGUGUAACAGUGAAGGAAGCCAUGUAAUCACUAAUUAUAAAUUUCAAUUUCUCCCAAAGGAUGGAACUGGCACUUGUGAGCAGACUGAAGGUAAGUUAGCUUGAUAUAUGACUACCACUAAUGUCUUCAUUUCAGAAUACUAUUAUGAUGACAGCUGUGGGAGGCUUUGGAAGCAGAUGUAAAAAUUGGAUUUUGCAGUCCUAUGUCACCGAUCUCUUUUAGCCUGGGUGUGCUGUCUCUCUCUCCUGUGGGCAUUAGACAUAAAAUAAUUGAUUUCAUCACCUGCUAACUUAUCUCUUCAUUGGUUUGGUAUUGUUUUAGUUUAAUAUACAUAGUACUUCUUGCCUCUUGCUGGAAACGGUCUUACUGCUAAGCUAAAGUAAAAUCAUGAUGCAGAAAAUGCUCCCUUCAUCAGUGUGAUCUUGAAUGGUGUAAUGGAUGGUUACAGAGUUUAGUUUGUCACAAUUAUUGACUUCAUAAGUGUUUGAUACUGCCAGAUCUACUGCCCACAAGAGCUGAAUUUUGAAAAUAAUCCAUUUGCAAAACUUUCCUCUUCAGUACUUUAGUUAGGUCAUUACCCUGAACUGUUGUGCUGAGUGUAGAGUUUUCAGUGUGAGUAGCGUGGUGAAGAAGGGACUUAUGAUGCUGCCUCGGCCCUGCCUCAAAGGACGCAAUGCUACCUGGCCCUGAUGUAAUUUUAUGAACACUUUCAGGCUCCAAAUGUUUGCUGCUUCCUGUAAGGCACACUAACUUUUGUUUCUGUUUCAUGUCUGCCCCUUAAACUUGUGUGGGUGGAUGUAGGUGUGCAAUCUUCAGUUAUACAUCGGUAGGAAUGUUGUAAUAUGGCAGCUAAUGUCUUGAAAUAGCAGCUGUCUUUUCUCCUUUUUUUCUUUUUUCUUUUUUCUUGCUGGGUUUGAUUUUGCAAUAUCUAGCAUCAGAGAAUUCACAAUGGUAGGGUGGAUAAUUUACUUGUUUGGGAACUUUGAAAUAUUGUUUAUUUUACAUUUGUGAAAUAAAAGUUGGAAUGGUA